GAAAUCGCGAAGUUUGAUCGAGCGAUGGGGAAUUUGUUCGUGAAGAAACCGAAGAUCACGGAGGUUGAUCGAGCGAUUCUUUCUCUCAAAACCCAAAGGCGCAAGCUUGGUCAAUAUCAGCAACAGCUUGAGAAAGUAAUUGAAGCAGAAAAGCAAGCUGCAAGAGACUUAAUCCGUGAGAAGCGAAAGGACAGGGCUUUGUUAGCAUUGAAGAAGAAGCGGACACAAGAAGACUUGUUGAAGCAAGUCGAUCAGUGGCUCAUCAAUGUCGAACAACAAUUGGCAGACAUCGAACUUACAAGCAAGCAGAAAGCAGUCUUUGAGAGCUUAAAGCAAGGUAACAGUGCAAUUAAGGCGAUUCAGAGCGAGGUCAACCUUGAUGAUGUUCAAAAACUAAUGGAUGACACUGCCGAGGCCAAGGCUUAUCAGGAUGAACUGAGUGCCAUAUUAGGGGAAAAACUAUCAGCAGAAGAUGAAGAAGAUAUCUUAGCAGAAUUCGACAACCUUGAAAGUCAGCUGAUUGUUGAAGAUAUGCCUGAAGUGCCUACGACAGAGCUUGUGCCUGAAGAACCCGAGGAAUUGGAUCUCCCUGAUGUGCCAACAAAAGCACCAAUCGCUUCCAAUGCAGAAACCACUCCAACAAAGAGAAAAGUUCUUGAAGAACCUUUGGAAGCUUGAUUCAGAAGUGAAGAAUCAGAAUCUGAUCGACUACUACAUAGCCAUGGAUUAUAAUCAUUCUUUGGAAACUUUUUCUUAUGGGCUCUUGAAAGCUCAUUGUGUAUUCUCUCUUACUCCUGCAGCUUGUAGAGAACCAAGUUCAUGGAGUCUCCUAUGUGAAAUGGUUUGGUUGUUUCUAAAACAGAUUCAGAGUCUCUGACCUGAACAUAUGAAAGUAUGAAUGACAUUUAGGCUCAGUGGGAACAAUUCUCUCUUUCUUUGUAUAGAAAUUUCUUCUUUUCUGAGUGAAAAUCAAAUUCUUCUAUAAAGAAUUCACUGAAAG